CGAUUAGUACUUGAACAUUUCUUGUUCCAAAGUUUGUUGUUCCCCAACUGACCAUGUUUGCAACUGCACACAUGUCUGAUGCUCUUGUUAUGGAAUUUGUUGUUGGCUAUCAACUAUAAGAUAUUGAAGAAGGUAGAAUGGUGAGACGAAAAGACCGAUUUUGGGAGUAUGCUGAGGAUUUAAAGGGGCGGUUUUUAUGCAAAUUUUGUCAGAAGGAGUAUCCUGGGGGAAUUGCACGAGUCAAAUCUCAUUUGUCUCAACAAAGAGGCCGUGAUAUUGCAAUUUGUGACAAAGUUUCGGAUGAUGUCCAAGCUCUAGCUCUCCUUGCGAUUGGUCCUAACAAGAAGAGUAAGGUUGCAUCUUCAACAAAAACAGAGAGAAGUGGAAUUGGUUCAUCAAUCCCUAAUGCUUCAAUGAGUCCACAUCAAGUACCCCUGCUGAGAAUAUGUGAAAAGAAAGACACUGAGUCAGUUGACAAAGAUCUUUUUGAAUUCUUUCUCACGAAUAACAUUUCACUGAAUGAUGUUGAAUCUCCGUCAUUUGUUAAAAUGAUCAAUUCUAUUACUAGUUAUGGUUCCAGUUACUAUCCACCCAGUUAUUCAACUCUUUGCACAGAAUUGAUACCAAGGGCAAGGAAAGAGAUUGAGAAAUAUGUCUCUACAGUUAAGGAAUCUUGGACUCUCAAUGGAUGCACUUUGAUGUCAAGCAUUUGGACUGAUAUGAGCGGUUGUUCUUUCAUUAAUGUGGUUGCAUAUUCUCCAAAAGGAGCUGUUUUUUUAAAUUCAUUUGAAAGAUCAGCUAAGAAAAAAACAGAUUCCUUUCUUAGAGACAUAUUUAAGUCUGUUAUGGAUGAGAUUGGACCAGAAAAUGUUGUGCAGAUUGUCUUGAAUGAUACUUCUAAUUAUGAAUCUGUUGGUGAUUUUGUUACGGAGAAGUACUCGCACAUCUACAAAAUGCAAUGUGUCACACAUGGAAUACAAAUGCUUUUAAUGGAUAUUUACGAAGAAGUUGAAUGGAUAAAAGGUGUUUUUGACGAUGCAAAAUUGGUGGUUGAUUGCAUAUUCAAGCACAAAAUCAUUUUGAAGCUAAUGGGGGAUAUGGCUAACAAGGAGUUGAAAAGGCCUUAUAAGACUGAAUUUUUCUCCUACUUUUUAAUGCUUCAAUCAAUCUUAGACGUUGAAGAAAAUUUGCGGUUGAUGAUUGCGUCACCUGAGUGGAAAGACCUGAAUUCUGAUGAUACUUCACUGGCAGGAAAAGUUGCUCCAACAAUUCAAAGUGAAGCCUUCUGGAGUCGAGGAAAGGAUGUUAUAUCAGUUUUAGAUCCACUUAUUAAAGUGUUACGUUUGGUUAAUGGUGAGGAGUUGACUACAGGUUACUUGUUUGAGGCAAUGGAAAGGGCAAGGAAAGUGAUUGAACAAUGUUGUAAUAAUGAUCCACCAAAGUAUUCAAGGUUAUUGGAAUUGUUUGAUACAAGGCGGAAUGGGCAGAUACUUCACAAGGUUCAUGCAGCUGCCGCAUAUCUUAACCCAUCUCUUAUGUAUGAUGGGAAGAUCAGAUAUGAGGACAUUGAUGUAAGAGAUGGUUUAAACUAUAUUGUGGAGACCAUGAUUUCUAAGGAUGAGAGGAAUGAUUUUGUUACACAGUUAUUACUUUACAAUGGGAAAAGUCCAAAAGUUUUCGACACUAUUGCAUUAUCCAUGUUGACGAACGUUCAUCCUCGAAUUUGGUGGGAAUUCAAUUGUGUUUCAGUUCCUUUACUUCAAAAGGUUGCCAUCCGAAUUUUGAGCCAACCAUGUAGUUCUUGGGUAUGUGAACUAAAUUGGAGUGCCUUUGAAGCAGCAGAAAUAAAGAAAACUAACAAGACACCAAAUAUUUCAGACGAUGUGGUUUUUAUAAGGAUUAAUAGGAAGAUGAAGGCUAAGUUUACAGAUCCUGAAAGGAAACAAAUUGAGGCUAUUGAUCUAGAGAACCUUCCGGAGCUUGCCAAAGGCACCAUUGAUUGCCUGGAGGAGUUUGAACAUGAAGCAGAUUCAAGGUUCACUCAAAAGUACAUGCGCAGGAGGAAGAACCAGCCCAAUAACCAGACCUGAAGUCCUAUAUGGUUC